AGUCAAUUGCUGUCGAGUUAUAGUCGACUGUUGAAAGUCGCCUUUAAGUCAACUGAGAAAAGUCGGCCUACCAGUCGACUAACAGUCACGCGUGUUGUGUGGGAUCCCAUCAAUAACUUUCAAUAUUACUUUAGUAUUUCGUCAUUAUAUAUACUAAGAGCAAUGUUGUUCAUUAUUGUGGCACUAAUUGCGAUUCUUGCGUGUAUAAUAAUAAAUUACUUUAUUCGAAAAUUCUUUUCGUUUGAAGCACUGAACAAAUUACCAGGUCCAGUCCGACUGCCACUUGUCGGUACUUCGUACAUCUUUUUGCAACAAAAAUCGCAAGAUUUUCUAGAUAUUAUCAUGCUGAUCUGUAAGAAGUAUUCUUCUCCAUUUCAAUUUUGGAUGGGUCCUCAACUAAUCAUCGUCAUAUAUGAACCAAAUGAAGUACAGACUGUUUUAAAAAGCCGUCUCUGUUUGGAUAAAAGUAUGGUGUAUAAGGUUUUAGAACCAAUAUUUGGCUCAGGAAUAGCGUCAGCCCCUGCACACAUAUGGACUGGACAUCGAAAAAUGAUAGCUCCAAUUUUCAAAACAGUCAAUUUGAGAAAAUUUGUUGAUAUAUUUGUUGAAGAAGCUUCAAUGUUAACUGAAGAAUUAGAAAAAGUUGAGCAUAAUGAAAAUGAAAUUUUCUUUCUUAAACCUCUAGAAAAAUGUGCUCUUAAAAUUGCAUGUGGCACUAUGAUUGGUAUCAAGGUAGAAGAAAAUAUACUUGAUAAAACUGUGGAGGCAUUUGAAAGAAUGAAAGAAAUUAUAAGAGCUAGAUUUCGGAACCCAUUUUUGAUUCCUGAUUUUAUAUUUAAUCUUACAUCUAUGGGAAAGAUGCAGCGAGAGAUAUUAAUCUUUGUUCAAUCUUUUAUUGAUAAGAUGAUUCAGCAAUGGGCAAAUGAAUCAAAUACAACAAACGUUAAUGAUAGCAAAGCUCAUAAAAGACUUGUGGACAUUUUAAUGAAUUCAACUGAUAAAGAAUUCAUAGAAAAGGACAUUUUCUACAAUUUGUUUACGAUGUUAGUAACGGCCAGUGACACCACUGCUGUUACGAUGUACUUUGUGAUCUUUAUGUUAGCAAACUUCCCAGAAAUACAGGAAAAAGUAUACAAAGAGUUGUUGGAAAUUUAUGGUACACAAACUCCAAAGGCAGCACCGGUUAAAUAUGAGGAUCUACAACAUAUGAACUAUUUGGAACGUGUUAUUAAGGAAACUUUGAGAAUUUUUCCUACUGUUCCUAUUAUCGCACGACAAGUGACGGAAGACUUCAAAAUAGGAGAUAUUGUUUUACCAAAACAUACUGAUAUUCUCAUCCCAUUUAUUCAAAUGCAUCGAAAUAAAAAGUAUUGGCCGAAUCCAUUGGUGUUCGAUCCGGAUAGAUUUCUUCCGGAAAAUAUAAAAAAUUAUCAUUUGUUUUAUUUUACUCCUUUUAGCGACGGGCCAAGAAAUUGCAUAGGUAUGAGAUAUGGAAUGAUGUCUAUGAAAGCUAUUCUAGCGACGUUGAUACGAAGUUUCAUAUUUAAAGUAAAUGAAACCAUUGAAAUAGAUAAAAUAAAAUUAAAUAUGGACAUCGUGUUAUCGACUUUAGAACCUGUAAAAAUUAAAUUAAAAAAACGAAAUCCCUAAUAAUGUAACAUGUCUAAUGUAUGUAUAUAUCGAUGAUAGUAUCGUGCAACAGUUUUUUUUUUUUAAUUAUUAAAACUGCAUAUGCAUGUCAAAGAAUAUACGGAAAUGAAAGUAGAUGAAAAAAAAAUAAAUACACAUUUUCCUCUUUAAAAUUGUUCUUGGCUCUGUUCUCCUCCACGAUCUUCGAAUUUGCAUAGGAGCUUUGGGAAGCGCAGCGAGAUCUCUUGCGAUAAUUGUAUCGUAACGAUCACGAGUUUAUCUUAAUUCCUAGAAUAUUUAAUAAUAUGGGAGAUUGUGUAUUCUAUUCAAUUGAGUAUUCUAAAUUAUUAAUGCCAAUUUCAUGCAAGAAAAUCUGCCUGCCUGCAGAAUCUUGAAAAACUUGAACAGCAUGAGGAAGUUUCCAGUAAACACAUUAUCUUUCAGACCUAGUCUUAAAGGCUAUACGGUCCACUUGACGCUACAAUGCUUCGUAACACUUUUUGAUCGGUUAAUUUGUAAAAUUCUUUGUUCCGAUUGUUUCGAUAAAAUCAAACGGUUUAUCGAAGCACUUGUAGCGUCAAUUGGACCGCAGCCAAGACAUCUUCUUAAAGACUUCUGUUGAACUUUGUUUUAAAAACAACUUUUUAAAAACGACUUUUAAAUGUCUUUUUUAUGACGUUUUUGAGACAUUGUCUGAAAGAUGAUGUCUACUCCUACAGAGAGGAAUCCGAGAGCAGCCAGGUCGGCUUUUUUUUGCGUAACGCUCGAAACUCCAAUUUCCCAGGCGAAAAUGGAUGAGGUUUACUGCGCGAGCAGUUUCAAUACGGUAAAAAGGUUUUCAUACAAAUUAUAUAUUAAAUAUGUUUAUAUAUAUUAAAAUAUAUAUAAUAAUUAAGGAAUUUCAAAGAAGACACUCUUCUUUAAUCAAUUUGAAUGUAUUUCGAUAUUUCAUGAUUACAGCCUUUAUUACUCUGUAUAAACAUUUUUUUACAGACGAUUUAUGUAUUCCCAUUGCAUUGCCAAUAACUCUAUAUUCUGCAGUAGAUGCUAAUUUAUAUAAGGCCACAGCUACUUGUUUUUCUACAGAUAUAGGUUCCCUUGGCAUUAAAAAUUGUGGUUCUGGUUCUAAUUCAUCUCUGAGCAUAUCACAUAAUUCUAUAAAACUCUCCUUAGACAUACGAAAACUUUCAAUCCAUUCUUUUUCAGUAUAAUGACAAUUCACAAUCCUUUUCCAAAAAUCUGAACUUCUCUCAAGUUGCCAAAUCCUUCGAUAUCGUAUACCUUCUGCAAUUAAUUCUAUUUGUUUUAGACUAUUAAUUUGUUUCCACCUUAAUAACAACUCUGUUCUUUCUUGAAAACAUAACCUUUUAAGCGUUGCCUUCAAUGCACGUCGUCUACGGGAAAACAAUCGUCGUAAUUGUUUUUUCCGACAAUCUUGUUGAAGUCUAUUUAUUGCAAAUAAUGCAAUAAAUAAGGAUGUAACCUCUUGUAUAUUAUUCAUUGUUUACAAUUUAACCUUUAUAUAAAAUUAUUCUUUCUAUUGGAACUAAAACAAUUGUUAGCAGAAAGAUACCAUAUUAUUUGAUGCGUAUUUUAUUGGAUUCUUAAUGGUUCGUAUUAUUCACUUGAUAUUGUUCGGUGUAAACACAUGCAGAUUUCAUACUUGAUGCGUAUUAAUUUGAUUCGCGUAUUAAAAUUGCGUUCGGUGUAAACAAGGUCAGUGUUCAAUGAGUUUAAAAAGUGAGACGUAAACCAUCCAACAGCUGAAUAUUCGGCAACUUGUCAAUUUUGGUUAGUUGGAAAUUUAUAAUAAACUUUAGUUUUUAGAGUAGCACAAUAAAUACGUUUAAAGAAUUAAUGCGUUUAAAUAAAUAAUUAUCCAAAGAUCGUUUAACUCGUGUGUAAAUUUUUAACUUGUCACAAUAAUAAUUUUAUAUAAACUUUUCAAAAUUUUCCAUUUUUAGUUUUAAUGUGAUUUAUUGUGCUACAUAUAUGUAUAUAAGGAUAGGAAUAAAUAAAUCAUAUAUAAACUUUAUUAAUAAAAUUACAUAUAUUAUUUUAUCUUGUAUAUAUUAUUAUAUAUUUUAUCUCUCAAUCGCCUUGUAGAGCGAGAGAACAUGAACAAUUUGUCCUCGUUAUUACGAGUAGAAUGACGCAUCUAUUAUUAAUUAAUAAAAUUUAUUUUUUUGAGAGCGAUCUAAUUCUAUCGCUGGCUCGUCGCACCCAUUCUUUCAUAUAUCCUUCCACUUCGGCCAUUGUCGUAUUUAUUGAAAUCAUAAUUGCUUCUAGAAAAAGAUGAUAAAAUAAUGGAACGGUUAAAUGCGAAAUGAAUAAAACAAAUAAAAAGUAUAUUGUGUAAAUAUGAAUAAAGUAAAUGAA